UUGAAGUGCCUGAUAUUGGAAUGGAUCACCGCAGCGAAAGUGGGGAAACAUUAAAGGCAUCUACUGAAGAACUUCUGGAAGGUGGUGAUAAUUCUGGAGAACAAAAAGAAUCGACGGAAUACAUAGUUGAGUUUCCCGACGACACCGUAUCUGUCAAAUCGCCAGUCGUAUCAGCAAACUCUGCUGACAUAGCAGAGGUCCUAGCUGAUAUUUCUCGCACAGGCUGGUCUUCAGGUCCCAAUCAUGACAAGAGUGAUGUAUUGCAGGAAGAUCGUCAUAUUUUCGAGACGCCGCCCAAAGUUGGUGAGAAUGUGAUUCCCUUAUCUCAGUUUCUUUUGCCUGACGAGCUGUUUCCAAGCCAAACUCCCGAAAGAAGAAUGGUUUUGCAUCCAUCAGUAGCCCGGAACAGGCGUCCUAGUAAAUACCAAGUUUCCCCUUUCAUGGAGAAUUAUGAGUCUGCUUCAGGAAAGUAUAUAUAAAAAAGCAUUAAUGCAUUUA